AGGGGAGAUUUUCAUACAUCUCAGUAAUCAAUAAAUCAUGUCAUAAAAAGUACUAAGCAUAUAAAAGAUUUGAACAAGACAAUAAACUUAAUAUAAGAGUAUAUGGAAUGUUGACUGAACAAAAUACACAUUCUUUAAAUGUGCACAGAACAUUUCCUACAAUUAACCAUGUAUUAGGCCAUAAAUCAAGUCUUAAGUUUCAAAGAACCAAUUUCAAAAUGAGCACAUUUUCUGACCAUGUGCAAUUGUUAGAGGUCAGUAACAAAAAGAUAAUGUAAAUACUCAUACAUUGAGAGCAUUGACAUUGUUUUAAAUAACUGAAAGGUCAAAAAAUCAUACCGGAAAUUAGAGAAUACUUUAAAGGAUGAUAUGCUACUUGCCAGACCUUGUAUUAUGCAACUAACUGAAGUAAUUUUUCCACAGAAAUGUGGGGUUGAAUUAUCAGAAAGGAAGAAGCUGAAAAUAUGUGAACCAAACAUAUAGAGAAGAUGGAAUAAGAACAACAAAGAAUACUUGUUGGAGCACCGGAGCCACAAGAGAUAGACACAAACAAGCCUGCUUCCUUCAACCCCACUGUGCCUGGACCAGCUCCUACCUCUACUUCUCAGCCUGCCACAAAAAUAGCCACUUGUUUCUUUGAGCCGUGGAGCUAACUGAUUUCUCACCAUCUAGGCUUCAGGAAAAAGAAAAGAAAGGAAAAAAAGAGAAAACAAUGUAAACAAAAACAGAAGCAAAAAAAAAAAAAAACAAAAACAAAAAACAAAAAAAAACCGGACUAAUAAAUUAACCAGCAAACGGAAUGAAACCUGAAUGAAGUUACAUCCACUUUCCCCUAGAACUGAAACUAUGAAGCCCUUCUAUAGUCCGUAUACUAAGCAGAUGGAGGGACUUGUCCUCGUCUUCUAGGGGAUGUACUUGGAGGGCACAGGGGGCAGGACUUGGUAUAAUGUCCCCGUUCUCCACUAGAUGGCACUGCUUAGCUUACUGGAUCAGUGUGGUAAGCAUGUGUAUGCGUGGGAGAGGUGGAAAUGGCUUCAUCCAGCUCCCUAGUCUCUGGCACAGGAAUAUUGUGCCCUCACAGACCUGUAAUCAAGCACCCCUCCUUUGUCUCAGUCCUCUGUCCACUCCCCACCUCUACCUUGUCAGGUGCUGGGUGGCACCUCCCUCCAGAGUUUUAUCUCAAAUGCAAUGUUCUUUCAAAAUCCCACACUUCAGAGACCCCUGCAGCUUCGGCCCACACUGAUUCUCUGGGGGAGAGUCUUGCUGAGCAAUGGAUGGGUGCCAGCUUCCCCAGAAAACAUUUGUGUGAUCACACAGCAACAGAGGUUCAGAGAUUGUGCCAAACACAACACACAGCCAACACCAGGUUUUACAAUACUCUGGCAUCUUUGUCCCAAUACCAGCAAACUGGCUGCUCUCUGGGGUCCACUGGGACCUUUGCCUGUGGGGAGGGCAUAUGGCCUCUACUAAAUGCACUCCAAGCAGAGGAACUGCUUCUCCCAGUGUGGCACAUGGACCCUUCAGACCCCACUGCCUGCUUCUGGGGAUUCACCCUAUUUCCUCACCAGAGCACCACCAGGCACCGAGCUCCAGACUUUCUGACUCUGCUCUCCACUGUUUAUAGAAUCCUAGUGGUAUUGAGACCCUCUCCUUUCUCCCUGCCCGUGGUUUUGGGGAACAGAUUUCUUAUUCAGUCCCCUGCAAGUGUUUUCACUCUUUUUCUUUCUUUCUCUGCAGCUAAUUUUGGGAAACUGUUUUUCCUGUACUUUCCUGAUGUGCCUCAUUCUCCCCUUUCUCUGUCCUUUCUCUGCUAUAACAGCUCCCUACCCUUGGUGGCUUCUCUCUCCCACAAUUCACUUCUAUGUACUGCAUACCUGCUAAGUUUUGUGGCUCAAGUUAUACAGAUUGUUGUGUUAAUCCUCAGAUCAAUUUGCUAGGCGUGCAAAGUGGUUUGGUGCUGACCUAGCUGCAUUUCAGGGAUGAGACAAGCUGAGGUUCUCCAUGCUGCUUCACGAUCUUGAUCCAAAGCCCAGACCUAACUUUCUUUACCUGUCAGUCAGGGAUCGUGAUCCCUGGCCUCACUUGCUGUGAAUGUUGAAGAAAAUAACAGAUGGAAAGGCACUUUGGAAAACAUAAAAAGGGUGUGCUAUCAAUGUAAUUCUGUGAGGCACAGAAUGGGCAUUUAAUGCAUAACCUGAUUUGAAUUAGAACAUCUUUCAUGAGAAAAAUGGGACUCUGAGAUGGUGAGUAUGAUUCUAUUCUGAAGAGCCUAAUAAAAGCAAAAUAGCAGAAAGAAUAUUACAGAAGAGAAUGAGAGGAAACAAGAUCUUUGUUUUAUUUUUUGGUUUUUGGUGGUAGUGGUGUUGUAUUUAAAAAGCCCCUUUACUUAGGAUCCUGUGAUAAAACUACACAUAAUAAAAACAUCAGAAAGUCAAGGCUGAUUUCAUCCAAGGUGAUGGUCUUGGCCAAGAAGCAAGGUAAACACACCGCAGCUGUCCUAGCGGGUUCCUCUCAGUGAGUGUGUGCCAGAGGCCAUCUCCCUCCCCUGCCCAGCUAGAACUCUCCAGCAGCUGUGGUUGCAAUCUUCAAGCUGGGAAGGGCCACUUGGCCUUUUUCUUUCCCUUUCAAAUGCCAGGCCGCUGUGAGUCCAGGCAUGCCACCUCUGGGUGCAGGCACAGGAAUGGAAGGUGUGCCUGCCAAGCCAAACUCCCUCAUUUGAAAAAACCUUUCCUCUGUGGCCAGGUGUUUCAGCACCUCCCCACUCUCUGUGAGCAGAGGCUUCUGGAAUUUCCCUGUCUGCAGAAUGAGAACAGCCACACCAACAUUCCUUCCCAGGGAGCUAAUCUGAAUACUGCCAACAAAAAUCUUUGCAGAAGACUGAGGCCGAGAGACGCUGAAUUAUGAUUCAGCGGAUAUAGUUUACUCAUCAGUGUCUCCUUCCCGGGAAAUCUGAUGGGAUAGACCUCUGAGCUUUCUUUCUGUUCACUCUACCAGCGCUUGACUCCUGAUGAUGAAGUUGUGCUUGGACAUUUAUUGUUUGGGAACCAAAUACAUUUUUAAAAAUUAUCUUUAAAAAAUGGCUGUUAGAAAGUGUUACAUAUGUUUUAAACAAAUAGGCUUUGAGUCUCCUAAAUAUUGUUUAAAAAUUAAAGAACAAAACAUUAUAGCUCCUCAAGCAGUUUUUCUUUAUUUAGAUGUGUCUUGUCUACCAACUUAAUAAUGAAAGUGACUUGUAUACACAUCAACAACUUUGAGAAAUUGUCCAACUGCAUUUUGUAUGGACAACUGUCCUGUUUACUUGAAGAAAAUGCUCUGAGUGAGGAUGAUGACUUUGUGUUUGAUGUAGGUUAUUUCCCCAUCGUGUUUUAUAAAUUGAAAGGGUAAGUGGAGGAAGAUUUCUGAUGAAUAACCAGCUUGGGGUAGGGGAAUUCCAGUGCACAUAGCAGAUGCUA